GCGGCCCGCUUGACGUUUUAUCACAACAAACACAUCUGAUGAGUAAUGGGCGGCGUCGCGUCUUUUUGACUUUGUACCUACUUUUAAUUGUGUUAAUUGCAGCACAUUCUCUUACAAGCACUUACUGAAUGUUUUAGUUAAUCAUUUAUAACAAAUGGUUCUUUUUAUAGCUCAGUAAAGCACACAAGUAAUGCAUGUUACACUUGCAUAGGUUAAGAUUUUUUGUGUGACAAGUGCCAUCAAAGAUUCAUAUUGUAAACCAUGAGAAGAAUAAAAAGAUAGCUUUUAUGUGGUGUAAAAUAAAAUUUUGAAAAUAUUUUACCUCUCAUUUUGAGUUCAUAUUACUUGUUUAUGAUGCAAAGCUUAUGUUAUUUCAUGAUCUCUGUGAAAAAGUGUUAAUAGAUAGAUAUCUAGAUGGGUUUUGAAUGAUUAGUUUUUUAAUCUGCAUGAAAUUAAUAUAUACAAUUUAAAAUGAAUAAAGAUAGCGACAAUUAUAGUAUCGCAGGACGAUACCGUACUGUGAGAAAGAACUUGGAUGCAUUAGGAUAUAAGCAAGCGCUUUCUUUGGAUUCUUUGCCUUUAAUUGAACUAUUGUUAGUUGAUCUUGCUCAAACCAAAGAAAGUUUAAAACACUUUCAGUCCAUAGCUAAAGAUAAUCUUGAGGCAUGUAGUCAGCUGCAAUUGGCCGUAGAUCCAUAUAAGUGUGACAAUGCAAAGCUGGUUCAAGAAUGUAACAAGGUUCAUUUGGAAUUGAUCGAACUAAAAGAGACGCAUCAAAAGCAAAUCAAUGACUAUAAGAAGAAAAUUAGAAAACUGGAAAGCGAAUUGAGUGACCUGCAGUUAUCUUUUUCUAAAAAUUUACAAAGGAUAAAGCAAUUAGAGACCGAGUCAGCUAAUAAAUCAAAGAAAAUAUUGGAGCUUCAAGGAAAAUGCUGCAGGCCAAUUGUAAACAACGUAAAUUUAGCAACUAAAAAACGGGCUUGUUACCCUUUAAGAAGACCUACAUUGGAAGCAGAAUCUCUUCCUAGGAUAAGCACUUCAACUACGAGUUUCAGUACAAGAACUGUUGAACCUUAUGUAAUAGAUUUUGUGAGUACUGCAGACCACAGAAUAAGUUCCUUAAAUAAUGAGGUAACACAAUUAAAAGAAGAUCUCUUUCUGAGCAAUGAGUAUAUUGAAUCUUUAAAGUCACAGCUAAAUACUAAAGAUAAAGAAAUGUCGCGCUUGAGAAAGAUGCUAGAGGGAGGUCGACCCUGCACCUCAAUCAACAAAGAUCACUGCUGUCUAGUAUCAGAGAAGACGAAUGGCUAUCCCCGGCAUAUGGAAAAUGACGAUCUAUUAAGUUUGCAGCAGACCAAACUCAAUCUGGAGCAGCAACUGAAAGAAGCGCUUAAUAAACAGCACGAUGCCAUGGCUCAAGCCAUGAAAUUGGCAGAACGUAACGAGGAAUUGGAAAAGGAGUUAAAAGACGUCGAUCGGAUCGCCCUAGCGGUUGAAGCUGAUUGCAAUUCUACCGUUAAAGAAAAUAACAGGAGAGUUUGCAGGCUUCAGGAAAAAUUAGAAGACGUUAUGACUCAAGUUCACGUACUUGAAAGCGAACUGACAGUUCAACGCCGAGAAGCACAAGAAUUGAGAGCCGAUUUAGAAGCUUGUCGUCUAGAGAAGUCAAACGUGCAAAGAAUAUUAGAAAGUACUCUAGAAGAAAAGAAACAAAUGACUGAUAGAAUUAACAAUUUGACAAUAAUGGAGACGAAUUUAAACCGUGAAGUAGAUCGGCUUCAAAAAGAGAAUGAUGUGCAAAAAAGUAGAAUUACUGAAUUAGAGCAAGUUACGCAAAGUUUAGAAAAGAAAUCCCCACCAAAAGCAGUCGUGCAGAAAAAUAUUCGCGCUGUUAACGCUAAACCUAAAGAAAAGGAAGAAAAGGCAGAAGCCAAUACAAGAAAAAAAUUCAUAAAGAGACCUAUUCCUGCAUCAAAAAGUCCAGACAAGCACGCUAGUCACCAGGAAAAAAGAAGUGAAUUCACAGUCCAUAGCAAUUUUAAAGAAUGUGCUUGUGAAAAGAAAACGAGCGAUGAAGCGUCUCAGUGCAAUAUAGAUAAACUGCUCCGCGAAAAAAACGUUAUAAUUGAAUCUCUUCAGAAUACCAUAGACAAAAUAGAGCACGAAAGAGAUCAUUAUAAAUCGGAAUACAUGAAGUUCAAGGACCAACUGAAAAAAGACACGGAAAAAGAUUAUGAUGGAAUGUGGUCGCAAAUUUGCGAACUGCGAGCGCAAAUGAGUGAAAAGGAACAUGCUAUAUCGAAGCUAUUGCGAGAGAAGAAAGAGUUAUGCCAAGAAAAAUUCAAUUUGGAGAACAAGCUACAUGAUAGUCAAAUGCAACAAAAUAGAUCUAAUUCUCCUUGUAAUUUUUGUAGAUGUCGGACGUCACCUAUGAGUGAAAGACUUACAAGUAGCACUAGUAAGAAAAUCGAUCGCUUGGAAAAAGAACGAGAUGCAGCUAGAGCUGACGUCGAAAGACUGAUCGAAGAGAGAGAUGCCCUCCGAGAAAGAUUAAAGCUGGCAACGGAGACUCACGUAUCGGAGCAGCGUCGACUGCGGGAGAGUCUCGCCGAAUCAGAGACACGUCUCAGCAGAAUUGAUCGCGAACGCAGAGAACUUUUGAUUGCACAGGAGACGCGACGUGCGGCAAUCCACGGCCUCGACGAUCAAUUGGAUGACCUGAAAGAAGAGUUGCGCAAGACUAAGCAGGAAUUGACUGAACAGAGGACGCAGUAUUUCCAGCUUAGAGCACUGCAAGAUCAAACGGAUGAAGCACUGGGUGAUGUGCAGGGUCAGCUGACGCAGUGCGAAAACGAGCUAUCUGGUGCCUUGGAUAGGAAUAAGAAUCUGGAGCGGCAACAAUUGCAGCUCGACAAUCAAAUCAAGGAGUUGCGGCAAGAGAUCAGCACCCAUCGAUCGCGAAUGGCCCAGAUGGACCGCGAGAAAGAUCAGUUACUGAUGGACUUGGACGAGAAAACGGAGAAGAUAGCAGCAUUGGAGAGGGAAGUAGUAUUCAAGGAACAGCGAGCGAGCGACAUGGAGCAGCAGAUUCGGGAGCUGUCCCACACGAAGCAAAUAUGCAUCGACCAGGCAGCGGAUCUCGAGCGUCAGAUGCGCUCUAUGCAGCUGGACAUGGACAACCUGCAGCGUCAGCUGUCGUCGGCGACGUUGGAUAGAGAAAGUGCCAUACAGGAGAACCGAAGAUUGCAGGACGAUCUGGCCGCGGUCAGCUGCGAGGUCAGGAGUAUUCUUAAGGAUCUCGAAGCGUCCAAGGCCGAGUCGCAGGAUUUGAAGAGGCAAUUGCAGACUUAUGUUAGCGAAGUUCGACGGGCCGAGGAACUUAUUAGUGAGAAGGAGAACGAGCGCACGGAGAUGCUCAAUCACUUCAGGAGUCUCAGCCUGGAGGCGACGGUCCUCGAGAAUAACAACCACAGUCUGGAAUCGGAGGCGGCGGAGGCGCGGGGUGCGUUGCAGUCGGCUCGCGAUCAGAUUCUUGAUCUCCAGCGUCAGCUAUCCGACAAGGACUGUCUUGUUCGGGGAUACGAGGCUCAGAUCACCGAGCUGACGCAGAACGUGGCCAGCUUAGAGAUACAAUUGCAACAGGCAACGGAGCAGAGGCUGUGCGCCGAGGAGGAUCUGCGCACCGUGCGAAAUCUUUGCAUGACGCUGGAGCAGCAGAAGGAGUGCAUUUCGCAACGGCUCAACGAAAACACCGACCUGAAAACUCAGUAUGAAGUACAGCUUUCAAGGUAUAGAUCGGAACAGGAGAUCUUCCAAGAUCAGAUGAAUAAAGACCACGUGCAGAUCGAUCGACUAGAAAAACUAUUGGAGGAGGCACGAAAAGAGACAAUGGAUUGCCAGUCAAAUUGUCGCGAACUGCAGAAUGAAGUAUCCAAACUGAAAAAGAAGGUUUCCGAAUUGCAAAGUAAAUUGAGCGCAGAAACGGCAGAGGUUCGAAAAUAUCAGACACAAGCAGCAGAGUAUAACAAGCAGAUCACCGAACUUCGAAGGCAAGUUACUAAUGAAAGAUUCGAGAGAGCAAGAAUGCAAGAAGAUAGUCACAGUGAAUGCCAAACUAGAAAAGAGAUCACCUGCCAAACCCGAGCGACUCGCGUUAACGGAUGUCCAUGCUCAUCGAUUCAACCUUCCGUUACACCUAAUCCAUCAAAAAGAUACAGUAAAGCCCUUGUCCCGCGAAACCAACGAACGCGCGCCUCGCAUUCAUCCAAUGAAGUUGACGAGGGAACAUUAAGCUGCAAGAUUUGUGUUUGCAGCAACAACGGCAGUGAAACCAUCGAUUCUAAUAGAUUUAAGGUUCACAUAACCGAACUGUCUUCUUCCUCCGAUGGAACUCGAGAUGGUUGCUGUGCAACGAAUUAUAAGAAUAACUGCUACCAAGAGAAGCGACAACAACUCAUGCCGAGCAAUCACUUUACUUGUAAAGAAAACUUGUUGCGUGACGCUCAGAUCGGAGGAGUCGCUAAUUAUCAAAGCGUGAACAGAGUUUGCUUUUGCACGGGGCAAACAAAGAUAGGGGAUCUGAUCGCUAAAGCUAAGAUUAAUAAAGAUAUUAAUUGCAAAAAGGUAGACAUACAAAAUAAUCUCUUUAGUAAAGACUUAAACAGCAAACCCACGACAUCGAACUCUAUUGGUUCUUCGGAAGCUUCUGGACAUUGCGGACGCUGUGGAGGGAGGAAAAAACAGAAGCAAUGCGCACGCAAUAUGUCCCCUAGCUGGAUUGCUGAGACACUUAAUUUAAUGAGUAAACUUUUAGAAGGAAAAAGGAAAUCAGUUCAUAAGAAUGAAAAGUGCACAGAUAACCAAAGCACGUGUAAGGAGAUUGCUCUAAAUAUCGUCAAGCAGGACAAAGUAACGCCCAGUCCGGAAGAGAAAAAAAUAGAGUUGAGCAAAAACAUGUUAAAAACAAAACAACACAUAAAGUAUUCUUUAAUAGAAACUUGCAACUCUAACUGCACGGUAUCUACGCAGACUCUCGAGAGUAUUAUCACAAUCUCGGACAACUCGAGGCCACAUUUACUCAAAAUUCUCUCAGAGAUUCAGCAAUACGCGAAAAGCAUUGAAGAUUUGUUUUAUGUCAUGAAUGAAACUACGAUGCAACAACAGCGAAAUAACAACCACGAAGGAAACAAAGAACAGAGUUCCAAUAAUGGUUCUACGACACAACCCGUAUUGGCAGCUUUGGCCUCUAGUGAAGGCGAACAGGCAUUGCAGGACAAGCCUGCUGAACUGAAUUCAAGCGUCGAUACAUCUAUACCUGUUGAAUUUCCAAGCAAACACACUUUGUUUGGUGAAGAUGAUUUCGAUGUUUCAAAACUUGAAGCUGUACCGUUAGCCUCGACGCCACGAGAUAGUGUGACUCUACUUGAUUCCAAUGCAGAACCAACAGAACAAACUUUGAAUCAACCCAUGAGACUUGAGAGUGGCCAAGAGCCUAGUGAAAUGGACUCCAUGGAGCAUUUAAGUCUACCGAAAGAGCAGAGACUAAUCCUGGCGAGAAGUCGAGAAAGUGAUGAGGAUUCGACAGAGUAUUUGGCGCUGCCCAAGGUAAUUAGAUCAGGAACCAGCGAAGACGAAAACACAACUCAAUUUAGCCGUUCGGUGGCAGCAUAUCCGGAAGACGUCCAAGACAACGAGUUAGAUCCAGAACUAGAAGCAAUCGAAGAAAAGAUUGAGCGCUUACGUAGGGAUGUGUUUAUGGAUGCAGAAGAAAAUUUGCACGAGGAUAAAAAUACUGAUACUGAUGAACCAAGUCCACAGGAUUGAAAUUAAAAUUCGUUUUAUAAGUAUGAGUUUGUUUAAAAUAAGUCAAUUUAGAAGUGUGUUCGAUUCCAAAGUGCACUUAUUAGUGUUCGUAUUGUAUAAAAUGUUUGAAAAAAGUAAUUGUUGAUGAUUCGUCAACUCAAAAAUGAACUGGAUGUUGUAUAUUUUUGUAAUUGAUCUUUAAUAAAUAGAGAUUUUUUGCAAAGCGUAUUUAAA